CUUCUCUAUUCUAUUCUAGACACAGACAAACAAAUCCAUGGCUCAAGAUUUGAACUUUCCUCCUGGUUUCCGUUUCCAUCCAACGGAUGAAGAGCUUGUCAUUCACUACCUCUGCCGUAGAUGCGCGUCGCAGCCGAUUUCAGUCUCCAUCAUUGCUGAGAUCGAUCUCUACAAAUACGACCCUUGGGACCUCCCCGGUCUGGCUUUGUACGGAGAGAAAGAGUGGUACUUCUUUUCUCCUAGGGAUCGGAAAUAUCCCAACGGUUCAAGGCCUAACCGGGCGGCGGGUUCCGGUUAUUGGAAGGCGACCGGAGCCGACAAACCGAUCGGACAUCCGAAACCGGUGGGAAUCAAGAAAGCUCUUGUCUUUUAUGCCGGAAAAGCUCCCAAGGGAGAGAAAACCAACUGGAUCAUGCAUGAAUACAGGUUGGCCGACGUUGACCGUUCUGCCCGGAAGAAGAACAGUAAUAGCCUCCGGUUGGACGAUUGGGUGCUUUGCCGUUUAUACAACAAGAAAGGGGCUAUUGAGAAGAAUAAUAAUGGGCUAGUAAUGGGCCGCAAGUUUAUCAGCAGCAGCCCAACAAUUGAUAUGAGCGAGGAGAAAAAGCCCAUAAUAAUAUCAAACCAACAAUAUCCACCGCAAGCGGCGGGAGCGAGGUUGGGGGUUGGAUCAUGCAGCAUAAUCCGAUCCCAGUUUCCGGCACCACCGGCAGCGGAGGUUUCCGGUGGAGUGAUGAACGAGUUGGCUUAUCUAGAGACAUCGGACUCAGUGCCGAAGCUCCAUACCGAGUCGAGUUGCUCGGAGCAGGUGCUGUCACCGUGCGAAAGGGAGGUGGAAAGUGCGCCGAAGAUGGCGGAGUGGGAGAAGAAUUACCAAUACGGCCAGCAGUACCAGUUUAAUAAUAACAACAACAACAACAAUUACAUAAUAGACUCGACGCAAUUCCAGAGCAAUAAUCAGCUGUCGCCGCUUCAGGAUAUUUUCAUGUAUAUGCAGAAGCCAUUUUAAUCUCCUUCUCUUUCCUUUAGGUUUUGAUUGUCGCGCGUGUGCAGGAGACUCGUGUCCAUGAGUGUACACGUGUGAGGGGUACAAUCAGAUUUAUGAGAUUAUAGAAGGGGGGAGGGCAAAGAAAAAUGGUGGUGGCCUCUUUGUAGUAGAGAUGCAGAAAUAAAAUAUAUAUUAAUUUUAAUU